AAAUUCCUUGAGAAAAAUCAGAUGGAGGACUGGUUCUUCACAGAGGCUACUGAGGCCCUUGGUUCCUUUAUUUUUGCAGCAAACAAGGAGAUUUCUCUGCAUGUGCAGUUCCAUUUCAUAGAUGAGGCUCAAGGAGGCUCAGCCAGAAGGCGGGAAACAGGGUAAACUCUUGGAGAACUCUGAUGCCCGUAAAGACACUUCUUUGGGUCGGGUUGUCAGGGUGGUAGAGAAAGCGGCGGGUAAAUAUUUGGGGCGGUAUCCUGGGCUCCGGCGACACCCGUCACUGCGGUUCUUCAGAGGCCAGCGCGUGGCUAGGGCGGUGCCGGGAGUAGGGGGUGGGGAGACAGGGGCGUCCCCUAGGUCGUCUGGGACUUACUCAGCUGCCCCGCCCCGCCCCGCCCCUGCCCGUAGCUAUAAGACGGAGUAGCCGGCGGGUGGCGGCGCAGGCGAGUAGUUAGCGCUCAGGCUCGGCAAGGAGCAAGGCAGAAGCACCGGAGCAGACCGCAGUGCAGGCAGGCAGCCACUAGGGCCAACACCUCGCAGCAUCUCUGAUACCCGUGUCACUGAGCAACUUCUCCAUGAAGCCACCCUCGGCGCAGAGCAGUCCCGCGGCGGUCGCGGCCGCAGCCCCGGCCAUGGACUCCGCGGCCGCUGCCGACCUGACCGACGUGCUGUGCGAGUUCGACGCGGUGCUGGCCGACUUCGCGUCGCCCUUCCACGAGCGCCACUUCCACUAUGAGGAGCACCUGGAGCGCAUGAAGCGGCGCAGCAGCGCCAGCGUCAGCGACAGCAGCGGCUUCAGCGACUCGGAGAGUGCAGACUCAGUGUACAGGGACAGCUUCACCUUCAGUGAUGAGAAGCUGAAUUCUCCAACCAACUCCUCUCCAGCUCUCCUGCCCUCCGCUGUCACUCCUCGGAAAGCCAAAUUAGGUGACACUAAAGAGCUCGAAGACUUCAUCGCCGAUCUGGACAGAACCUUAGCAAGUAUGUGAAGCAAGGAGUUUGGGGUCCAGAAGGCCCCGAGGACCUGGCAAAUUGGCUACUAGAAUCUGCUGCGGGAGAGGGCAGAGCUGAGGCUCCUGCCCCCUGGCCAUUCUUGGUUCACUAUAACAUUAGCCAUUGGGCCCAUCUCUGGGCAGUUCGGAGAGUGAAGCUGACUUUGUUUACCUACCUGCAGCAUAUUCAACAGAGGAUCUAUCUAAUGUGUUUUUACUCCUUUAAACAUAGCUCUUCUAUAAUUUAAAAUGCUUUUAUGGAAAUAUUUGUAAUUACUUAUAUAUAGUUGGAGGUCAUAAUAAGCUUUCCCAUCAUAAUAUAUUUUUGUAUACAAAUAAAAUUUAAACGGAGAUCUGUA